UUGAGCUCGAGUAACGAAGCCGAAGCGGCGGCUGUCAGCUAUCUCAAUUUCUGCCUGCUUAAAGACCAUAUCUCGACGCGAUUGUUGUGCUUCGAUCAAGAUUCGCGACUCGCGAUCGAAAUUCGCCCGGGCUGACUUCGACGAUCGGCCCUAGGUACGAAAGUUUCGAAAGCUUACUCGCAGAUAGCUCGCAGCGAUUAUAACAAUUAUUCGCUCGUUGGCGCGGCAGUGAUAAUACGAGCUAAACGGAAUAAGCAGCGCAGCUCGCCUCGGCCAAGCUAGAAGCGACCGCAGUAGCGCUGCUGCACCGAUUCAAAAAUCCAAAUUCCACCUCCUACUUGCUGUUCGCAACUCGGCGCCAGACUUUCAACGCGUGCAUAUUUCGCUGCACAUCUCUGACUUGAAAUUUCUUACUUGCCAUUCGAUCGGACAUUCAAGUAUGUACGAAAAUCUCUUUAAAAGUCCUCUGCAGCGGGUAUUUGUUUACGGAACCCUCAAGCGCAACGAACCCAAUCAUCAUCUCAUCAGCAACGCGGAGAAUGGCUACGCCAAAUUCAUGGGUUUGGGCAAGACGAUCUUGGCUUUUCCUCUGGUCAUCGCCACGAAAUAUAAUAUUCCCUUUUUGCUCAAGAGGCCAGGAACUGGACACAAUAUAUUUGGAGAAGUUUACGACGUCGAUUCAAAAAUGCUUAAGGAACUCGAUAAAUUAGAAGAACACCCAGACUUUUAUAUUCGCAUGGAAGAGGACAUAUUACUUGCGCCAGAAAAGGACAUUACAAACGGAGCCAACUUUGAAUCGAUCGGCGAGUCGACGAAAGCUUGGAUUUAUCUGCUUCCGAACUUUAGAGAGUCACUUUUGGAGUUACCCAUGUUAUCAAGUUACAGCAACGAGGGGAGCCACGGUCUCAAAUACAUUGAAAGGUAUUUGCGAGAUUGUUCAUUCAACCAUCGAAAUGAAGUGUUGAAUUCGAAUAAUCGCGCUGAAAAUUGAAUUUCAGCGAAGCGGACUAUGCCAAACCCGAAGAUGUUCUAUGAAUAUCGAACUUUUACAAUUCUCAUUUUUCGAACAGUGUAAAAUAUUUCAAAGUUUAUUAUAUAUUUUAUAUAGUUGGUCAAUAAAAAGAAUAAUUAUUUUUACACAUG